CAGUCACCAUGUCUCAACAAUUUCCACCAGUUUGAACUUUAACACCCUUUAGUGAAACUUAUAUAUAGUAACCUUGAAUAUAAUAAAUUAUUUCAACACGAAAAUGGGCUAUCUUAGUAGCGUUUGGUUUGGAGUUUUGGUGUUCAUUUCACUUCAUGGUUAUAAUGGCAACAUUAGAUUAUUUGAAGCUUCUUCGCGUAUCGUAGAGACACCCGAUCAGAUAUACCGCACUGGUUAUCAUUUUCAACCUGCCAAGUAUUGGAUGAAUGAUCCAAAUGGACCAAUGAUAUACAUGGGGAUAUACCAUUUCUUCUACCAGCACAAUCCUUACGAUGUACAAGCUGGUAACAUUGUCUGGGGUCAUUCAACAUCAACCGAUCUUGUCAACUGGACUCCUCAGCCUCCGGCACUUCUCCGAUCAGAGCCUUACGAUUUCAAAGGCUGUUUUUCAGGUUCAACAACUCUUCUCUCCAGUGGAAAACCAGCCAUUCUCUACACCGGGGUAGAUUUCUCCGAUAAUCAGGUUCAAAAUCUCGCUAUCCCCAAAAAUUUAGCUGAUCCAUACCUUACUGAAUGGGUAAAAUCGCCUUAUAAUCCAUUAAUCACCCCGAAUUCAGUGAACAAAAUUGAUGGAAAAAAUUUCAGAGACCCAACAACAGCUUGGUUAAAUCCUGACGGAUACUGGAGAAUGGCUGUAGGAAAUCAGCAAAAUGGGAGCGGAGUAGCUUUAUUAUACAAAAGCAAAAACUUCAUUGAUUGGAUUCAGGUUGAACAUCCGCUACAUUUUCAGAACAAUUCAGGAAUGUGGGAAUGUCCUGAUUUUUUUCCAGUAUCAACGAGUACUGAAAAAGGUCUAGAAACUUCAACAAUGGGUCCUAACAUGAAACAUGUAUUCAAAGCAAGUAAAGCGAGCACUGAUUACUACACAGUUGGAACAUAUAAUCCGAAUAAGGAUAUAUUUAUCCCGGAUAAUGUAUCACUGGAUAUUGGAUUAGGAUAUCGAUAUGAUUAUGGAAAAUUCUAUGCAUCGAAAACAUUUUUCGAUAGUGUUACUAAUAGGAGGAUUUUGUUUGGAUGGGUUAAUGAAUCAGUAAAUAAUCUUGAGAUAAAUAGUGCAAAAGGGUGGGCUGGUCUUCAAGGAAUUCCAAGAAGGAUUUGGCUUGAGAAAUCUGGAAAUCAGUUGCUACAAUGGCCAAUUGUUGAAAUUGAAAAGCUGAGAAUAAAUCCAGUUGUUGAAGAUAAUACAGCGCUUAUGCCUGGAUCAGUACGUGAAAUUUCUGAAGUCGAUGCUGCGCAGGCAGAUGUAGAAAUGUCAUUUUCAGCUAAAACGUUGGAAAACGCAGAGAAAUGGGAAGGAAAUUGGACAAAUCCACAACAAGUGUGUAGCAUAAAAGGUGCAUCAGUAAAAGGUGGGAUUGGACCAUUUGGUUUGCUAGUCUUGGCAUCUAAGGACAUACAAGAAUAUACUGCUGUUUUCUUCAGAAUUUUCAAAGGAGAUUACAACAAUUUUAUAGUACUCAUGUGUAGUGACCAGACCAGGUCUUCCUCACACUUGCCUUCUAGUGAUUAUGACAAAACCACUUAUGGAGCCUUCUUGAAUGUGGACCCUCUUCGAGAGAAAUUGUCACUGAGGACUUUGAUUGAUCACUCAAUAGUGGAGAGCUUUGGUGGAGAAGGAAAGGCUUGCAUUACAGCUAGGGUUUACCCAACUAAUUUAGCAGUGGAUGGUGCAACCCAUUUAUAUUUCUUCAACAAUGGUUCCCAGAGCAUUCACAUCUCUAAGUUUACUGCUUGGACCAUGAAAUCAGCUCAAAUCAAUUGAUGAAAUCCAAAAUAUAUAGAUUUAUUUUCUUAAUUUCACAACAUUUUAUUACUAUGCUCUGUAUCUAUAAGCAUGAAUAUUAUGACACACUCAAAUAAAUUGUAUUUCUUUCAAAAUA